GAUGAUGUGAAGUUGAUUUAAAGGUAUAAAGUCUAAGAUGUGGGAUCACACAUGACGACCUGAUUGUAUGUUUUUCUGUAUGGAGAAAAUUAGCUGCACUUUUUUUUUUUAAAUCCUUGCUCUCACUCUCCUUGGUCGCAAGCACGCGCGCACUCCCGCGCAUUUUGCUUUUCUGUCAGCCUUGGCAACAAGGAAACAAGCCUCUCCCAUUGGCCUCCUCCGGAUGUACAGCUGUCUUCUAUUCGCUCUCCUGACUGCCACUCCGCAGCGAAAAUGCCCGAACAUUGCUGCUGCUGCUGCGGAUACAAGGGCAGCAGGGCUGGGUAGGGUCUGGUGUAAGUGCGCAGUGGAUGCUGAGGGAGAAAAAAACAUUGUUUAGUAUCAUUAUGGGUAUUUUACUGAGAUGCAAUUGCCACACUUUUACGGAUGCAUGCUUUAUCAUCAGCCCAAGCCCCUCCGCGUUCUGUAAUAGCACUCUAAUGAGGCCAAUAAGAGGCUUUUACUAUUUUGCAGCAUCUAUAGCGUAGACAAAUUGUUGCACCAAAUGCUGCGUUUUCUCUGUUCAGUUUCGACGGCCCUCAUCUGUCCGUGCAGAUUUCUUAUCACCCUUAAUCAUCAGUAAUUCUGCAGGGAGGCACCAUGUUGACCAGCAUCACUGAAGGGAUUCUGUGCUGCCUGACUGGGAAGGCUGCCAGUCUGGUCUUGCCCCUGGAGUCCUCAGAACCCUCUGAUGGUUUUGAGUUUGUGGAGGUGAAACCUGGGAGAGUUCUGCGAGUGCGGCACAUCGUCCCCGAGCGUCAGCCGAUUGUAACGGAAGAGCAGAUUGCUGGGAAGGAAAAGACAGAUAGUGAUGAUGGUGAUGAUGACUCUCCAGAGGAUUACAACAUCAGCAGUAGCGGCAGCAGUGUCCACUGCAAGAGGAAGAUCACAGUCUACCGCAACGGCCAGCUUGUGAUUGAGAAUCUCGGUGACGUUUUGCACUCUGAGAUCCUGCAGUGUCAGGACGGGGAUCUGGAGCCUUGCAGCACAGUAGAGGUGGAACUGGCUGACUACAAAGAAAUGCCCUCUUCUCCAGACCCUAACCCUGUUCCUCCUCUAGUUCCUCCUACCCCGGGGGAGCAGAAACCCGCCCCACCUCCUCGCCGCCGCCGUCGCAAGCCAAAGCGCACAGUGCAAAUUGACUCAAAGAGGGUGAUCUCAAGCUGCAAAGGGACACACUCGGACGUUGCGCUGUUCUUCGUGCACGGCGUCGGAGGUUCUCUGGACAUUUGGGGAAGCCAACUGGAUUUCUUCUCUCGAUUGGGCUAUGAGGUCAUUGCACCCGACUUGGCGGGUCAUGGAGCCAGCACUGCCCCGCAGAUUGCAGCAGCUUAUACUUUUUAUGCUCUUGCAGAGGACCUUCGUGCCAUCUUUAAGAGAUAUGCUCGUAAACGUAACAUUCUCAUUGGCCACUCAUAUGGAGUGUCAUUUUGCACCUUCCUGGCCCAUGAAUAUCCUGAUCUGGUCCAUAAGGUGGUGAUGAUCAAUGGUGGGGGUCCCACAGCUCUGGAGCCCAGCCUCUGCUCCAUCUUCCAGCUGCCAUCUUGUGUCCUGCACUGUCUGUCACCCUGUCUGGCCUGGAGCUUCCUCAAAGCUGGAUUUGCCCGUCAGGGUGCCAAAGAAAAGCAGCUGUUGAAGCAGGGCAAUGCCUUCAAUGUGUCUCCGUUUGUCCUGCGAGCCAUGAUGAGUGGCCAGUACUGGCCCGAGGGGGAUGAGGUCUACCAUGCCGAGCUCACUGUGCCCAUCCUUCUGGUUCAUGGCAUGUGUGAUAAGUUUGUGCCCAUGGAUGAGGACCAGCGCAUGGCAGAGAUCCUUCUGUUUGCAUUCCUUAAAGUCAUCGAGGAGGGAAGCCACAUGGUCAUGAUGGAGUGCCCUGACACUGUCAACACCCUCCUCCACGAAUUCUUUCUGUGGGAGCCUGAUAUGUCCAAAAAAGACAGCCGCAAGACAGAGACAGCUCUCAGUGACACUCUCCACACGCUGAAAAGCAAUAAGUCUGUGGACAAAUAACCAACGAGGAGUCUAGUUUUAAUACGGAACCAAGCAGAAGGCCUUUUGUGUCAUGUGUUCUUAAGGCUGCUCCCAGGCUGAGAGCUGUUAUAAACAGGGCCACAUCUUAAGGAUGAGGACGGCCACUGGUGCUCCAAGAUAAAGCAGGACUUAGGCAUGGUGCCGACUAGAGAACGAUGGGAGGAAUAUAAAGAUGAGAGGAAUGGAUGCAAAUACACAGUCAGUUACCGCUUCGCUUUUUGAUACCAGUUUGUGCUCCAUCACGUCAUGUGUGCAAAUUGACACAAAACCUGAAGGACUAUGUCCAUUUGUGAUUUGUGUGAGAAUGUCUCUGGUGAAAAACUGACUAUUACAAGAUGCAAAAAGCAUAAAAUCCAUAAAAUGGUGUGAAUUCCCUCACCUUGAAUAUUCUGUAAAGUACAGCAGAGCUUCCUUUCAAUUUUACGAAAUGAUUAUUAACUUAUCAUUGGGCCCAUCUCACAUCUGCUUUUCAGUGGGAAACUGGCUGAAUGAUGUGUAGUGAAUUGAAGAAAUACAGAUCUGAUUUGCCAGAAUGAUGAUGACAGCUUAUAAUUAAGUUGAAAUGCUGGUAAGAAUAGUUUAUUUCUAAAUACUGACUGGAUAGAAGCGUGACAUGGGUUCAAGUAAAUAUAUACCGAUGUUCAUGCAAAAUGUAAUUAAUAACUGCACCACAUGCAUACAUAAAUUACAUUAUGCCAGAAGAAGAAACUUAACUAAAAAUUUAAUUGUUCACCUGCAUCCAGCCACCUAUUAACCACAUCCAUGCAAUGUGCAGUGUACACCAUCUCAAACAUGAAGACUGACAGCUAUUGUCAAUAAAAUUGGCUCAUCAAUUUCCAAAUAAACAGCAAUAUAUUUUUUCAUGUAUUGAAUUCUAAUAUAAAAACUAAAUCCGAAAAAGCUAUGUGCAUCUGUGUUAAGCACAAUGUAACCAAUUCAUCGAAUCAUAGUUGCAUGAAGAUUAAGUAAUAUUCAAUAAGAGAUUUAUGUGAACUGGUUGCUAAAACAAAUGUAAACAAACACGGAUGCCAAAAGGUUCUCCUCCUUUAUUCUAGCAGCCAUUUCUGCAAUAGUAUAUAAUAUCCUAAGGAUACAAAAUACCGAGGCCCUGCAUGAGUUCAGAAUAUGAAAAGUAUGAGGGUUGUGUCAGACAGUUGCAAUAUAUUCUAAUAUUGAAAAAUUCCCUGUGCACUUCUCUCUAAUCAAAUAAGUGUUCUUUUUAAUGUGUAAUUAUUAUUUUUGCCUUUAUUUUUUGAAAAAACAGCAACUGCCAUAACAAAUCGUGGUUGUACUGACUGCUUUAAGCUGCUGAGUGUGUUCCUCCAGUACUACUCUCCAGUCUAUCCUAUUAUCUAAUAGUGUCUCACGGAAACAAUGAGUGAAAUAUUAUGCUCACUGAAAGACAUUCAUUCAUGGGUGCUGCUUUGUCUCAUAGUGGGACAGUAAGGUGCGAAUAAAAGCACAGUCUAAUAUGCUCCCUGACAGUGCGUAUCUGUUGAGAUUAUACAGUUCUGAGAAACAAAAGCUGUUAGGUGAUUUGAAAAAAAAAAAUAAAACAACUAUGAGUCAGCCAAAGGAGAAAGUCCCCUUAAAAGAGGGAUGUUUGUACUGACCAUGCUGGUCUGUUAUAUAUGCAUUUUGACAGGAUGCUGAUGCAACAUGACUGGUCUUAUGCAACGGGAACAAAGCAGAGAGUGGAAAUAAGAUGACUCGCCACUGGCAUCUCAAAAACAUGAUAUAUUCUCUAUGGAAUUUCCAAAAACCAACAAGUGCUGCUGAUGCAAUGUACUGUAUGUCUCCUUUUGGUGUGAAAGGUCAGUAAAACCGUUUGGACUACAGGGUGCACAUGUACUUCCUCUUAUGCUAAAAGUGUGCAUAUACAAAUUGUCAGUGCUCAUAUGUGCUAUAUCUUUUUGUGGUUAACAAAAAAAAUGUGUUAAUGUUGUUGUUGCAUUUAUUCAUGGGAAUCAUAAUAUAUGCACUGCCUGAAUGUAGAUGCAUAUAACAUUAUAUAGCCUAUCGAAACAGUUGGAUUCAGUGUAUGAAUGUGCCUUUCCUGGCAUGAAAUAAAAACUGAUGUUCACAGUCUA